GAAGUAUAAAAUAUAAGAAUGGUUAUUUAGGGCAAAGAAUCUUUGGGAAGGAUAAGAGAUGAGAUAUGUUUUGUUAUUAAAUUGUACUCCUAAUAAUUUCUCCGUUCAGAUUGAUGAGUCAGCCUUAGUGGACAAACUGUUGAUUUCCACAGAAGCCAUAUCAUAAUUCAUUUAAAUAAAAGUGAAGCAACUCAUUGUUAUAAAUUAGUCUUUCUACAUAUGAUUGCCGUUGAUUCUUGCUGGGGAUUUACGUUUUAUUCAACAAUCUUCUGUCUGACAGAGAAAGAAGAUGAACCCAGAAUAUGUGACAGAGUUUUUGGGAGAAGUUCCAUUGCUUCAGAGAUUACCCAGUUCAUCUCUCAAGAAAAUUGCUGAGGUCGUUAAAGUCAAGCAUUUUGACAUCGGAGAGUACGUUAUUCGGAGAGGAGAGACUGCAGGUGGAGUGUAUUUUGUUUGGGAAGGGGAGGCUGAAGUCUGUGGACAGUCAGAGGAAGAAAUCCGCCCAGAGUUCCUGCUAAAACGCUAUGAUUAUUUUGGCAAUGGUGCUCCAACACAUGAGCAGCAGGCAGAUGUGAUAGCAUCAUCCAAGUUGACAUGCUUGAUGCUGCCCUCUGACCACUGUGCCUUGCUGCGGCCAAAAUCAAUAUGGAGUGAUGAUGAAAUGCAAGAGACCCGUGCAGCUGUAGAGAGCAUAUUGCAUUUGGAUCCCAUUGAUGUAAACCUAUUUAAAGGGAUCACCUUGCCUGAUGCCCCAAAAUUUGGAAAAGUUUUUGGAGGACAGUUUAUUGGUCAGGCGCUGGCCGCAGCAACGAAAACUAUUGAUUGUCUAAAAUUCCUCCAUCAUUUGCAAGCUUAUUUUCUUCUUGUCGGAGACUAUGAUAUUCCAAUCAUAUAUCAGGUUCACCGCAUCCGUGAUGGGAAAAGCUUUGCAACCAGAAGAGUAGACGCGAUACAAAACGGAAUUGUUGUUUUCACUUUGCUUGCAUCAUUUCAAAAACAUGAAAUUGGAUUUGAGCACCAGGAAGUAGUAAUGCCUUCGGUACCAGCUCCAGAAAUGCUUCUAUCAAUGGAAGAGUUACGUGAACGGCGUAUUAUUGAUCCUCGACUUCCGAGGAGCUACCGUAACAAAGUAGCCACCGCUAAGCUUAUUCCUUGGCCGAUUGAGAUACGGUUCUGUGAUCCAAACACUUCCACUAAUCAGACUAAAUCCCCUGCAAGCUUAAGAUAUUGGUUUAGAGCCAAAGGAAAAUUGUCAGAUGAACAGGCUUUGCAUAGAUGCGUGGUGGCUUAUGCGUCGGAUCUUCUGUUUAUUGAAGUAAGCUCAAAUCCUCAUCGUAAGAGGGGUCUGAAGAUCAGUGUUCUAAGCUUAAAUCAUACGAUGUGGUUUCAUAGGCCUGUAAAAGCUGAUGAUUGGAUACUAUUUGUGAUGGAGAGUCCAUCUGCACAUUCUGGACGUGGCAUAGUUGCUGGUCGGAUGUUCAAUAGGAGCGGAGAGCUUGUUGUAUCUCUAGCUCAAGAAGGUCUAGUCAGGGAGGCGAGGACACCGCAGAGAGCCAUCAGAGCCAAAUAUUGAAUUUCACAGUCUGAUAUAUUGUUAUACUUUGUUUUCUCGUGAAGAUAUAAAUACACGAGGGACGGACCAGAACAGGAAGUAGAUUCUGUCACUCAGACUUCAGAGUCCAUAGACAGACCUCGGUUAAUUAUAGAUGAGUUUGAAAGCUAUUACAAUUAGGAAUUGACCUCUCUAGUGUUGAGAGGCAUUCUUUAAGUAUUCAUUUGUACAAAUUAGAAGCCUAUUAUUUGCUAUAUUGUUUCCGAUAAACUUUAUGUACGAUUACUGCUGUCAAAUAAACGACUCUCUAGUCCCUGUA